CGUGGACUAGCUUUAGCGAUCAUGUAACUCUUCGGGUAAUGGAAGUGUGAGGCUUUCCACACGUGAAACUUUUCGCGCUUCACGCUUCGGAGAGAAAGGAGACAUGAUCCGUCACCGCAAAGAUCGCGUUUGCUACUUGUCGGAUUUCAAGUCAAAUCAGUCUCUCCCUUGUCUCCGCGAGUAAAGAAACUUCUCGAUACAUGCGAUUCUCGACACAUGAGCUGUUUCCUGUAGAAUAUUCUACUACAUCCUGACGGCGAUGGAUCGCGACUGGAGAGAAUGCGUAAUCAGCGGCUCGUAUGUGUCCACGAUGAUGAGCGUGGCGGAUCUGUCGCGUCGUUGCUCGAAUGUGAUGAUCAGUAUUAACGCUUUGGCCGCUUUUUUCCUCUCUAUCGGCGAGCAUAUGAUUCACACGAUAGGAGAUGUCAGUCGGGUGGCGAACGCAUCAUCGCGAGAACUCCCCAUUAAAAUGGAGUUUCCCUUCGAGGUCAGCAAGUCGCCGGUUUUCGAAUGCUUUUUGGUCGGGCAAUUUUUAUACGAAUUGUUGACAGCCUCUGUGGUCGGCAUGGUGAACGCUUUACUCGUGUCGUUGGUAAGUCUGUUCGCUGAAGUUAAAGAAUCUUCCCUCUGAUAUGUACAAUUAUAUUGGCAUUGAUACACUACGUCGUGCGGCUUAAAAUGACAAAUGAACUCGACAAGUUUGACUAUUAUUUUUUACACGAUAUAUUUUAGUAUUUUAGAAUCUAUUAUUAUAACACUCAAGAGACAGACAUCAUCAAAAUCCACUGAAACAGCGAUAAUUACGGUAAUUUUACACACGC